CUGACUGCUUCACCCCUCUACGCCUGCGUGCGCACUACAUUGCAACAGUGUAGCCAUGGUUCCCAGCCCAUUGUAGCCUAUUUCAGAGCAAUUUCUAGCACACAGACGAAACGGGAAGCUCGCUCCCAUUGGCUGCUGUACCUGUUGAAUAUUGAAUAGUUGUACUUUGCAAACUGGUGUUGUCAGAACAAAGUCGAACUAAUAGGAGAAGGAAGUAAAAACAACUUUAGCAGGUUAAUUAAUAUAAAAAGGAAUAUUUUUCAAUUUUGUUUUUAUCUCUUCCGAAGUUAACUAAAGAAAACAAAAAUGCCCCUGGGGCUCAGAGGGAAAAAGAAGCCCAAGUCGAAGGAGAACUCGAAAUUGGUUGAAAACGAGGAGCUUGGAGAGAGGGCAGGAUUAGCCGGGAGAAGCACAAACAAAGCCGCAACUAGUAAUGGAGGUGGUCUGCCUCCUCCGCCUGUCAACCUGCGCCCCAAACUGGUGUUCCACACGCAGCUGGCACACGGCAGCCCCACAGGCAGGAUCGAGGGGUUCACCAACGUCAAAGAGCUCUAUGGGAAAAUAGCUGACGUUUUUAACUUAUCUGUCUCGGAGAUCUUGUUCUGCACGUUGAAUACACAUAAAAUUGACAUGGACAAACUCCUGGGAGGACAGAUCGGCCUGGAAGACUUUAUAUUUGCACACACUAAAGGGAUUAAAAAAGAGGUGGAAGUCUUCAAAUCUGAAGACGCCUUGGGGCUCACCAUCACAGACAAUGGGGCUGGAUAUGCAUUCAUAAAGCGCAUCAAGGAAGAGAGCGUAGUGGACAAAGUCAAAGUAAUCGGUGUUGGGGACCACAUAGAGUGUAUAAAUGGGAAGAAUAUUGUCGGCACCCGGCAUUAUGAGGUGGCCAAGAUGCUGAAAGAGCUGCAGAAGGGAAAGGCGUUUACAUUAAAGCUUGUGGAGCCAACAAAAGCAUUCGAAAUGAUUGAGCCGAGGUCAAAAGGAGGGAAAACGGGAGGAGACGCUAAAAUUGGCACCGGGCGAGGGACAUUAAGACUGAGGUCCAAAGGUCCUGCUACAGUGGAAGAUGAACCGACAGAAUUUGAAGAAAAAGCUGUCAAAAAGGUGGAUGAUCUGUUGGAGAGUUACAUGGGAAUCAGAGACACUGAAUUAGCUGCCACCAUGGUGGAGGUUGGAAAGGAUAAGAAGAACCCUGAUGAGUUUGCAAUGGCACUUGAUGAAGCUCUUGGAGACUUCGCAUUCCCAGACGAGUUUGUCUUUGAUGUCUGGGGAGCAAUUGGUGAUGCAAAGGAGGGACGGUUUUAACAUUGACUGGAAAUAUUUAAAUGAAUCAGUGUUUGGGGGUGGGGGUGGGAAAUUAUGACUUUUUUUUUUUUUAAUUUAGAGAACACAUUUUUAUGUAGCUGAAGUACUGAAAACAUGCAGUUGUGAUAUUUAAACAAACAAAUAAAUAAAAAUUACUAGCUAACUUUUGAAAUGCUCAUCCAGGGUACUUACAUUUUUACUGUGUUUUUUUUCUUUUUUUUUUUUUUAAUAGAAAUGAAAUGAAAAAAUAAUAGAAAAAAAAAAAAAAUGAUUCACUUACCAUAAUUCAAGGGAAGUGUUGAUUGCAGCCUUCUUCUUCCACCAGCCAGAAAAUAAUUGAUGUCAGUUUAAGUAUCUGUGAAAGUGAACGUGCCACCAUUUCUCUCAAUGUUCUUGUAAUCCAUGUGUCGGAGCACCAAUUCGUUGUUUUCUAAUGAUUCACACAGUGGUAAUUUGAAGUAAUAACAACCAUAAAAACAAUAUGUCUGGGGUAUCAGACCUGUGCCUUAAUUGUGUGGUUACAGAAAACUGUAGUGAAAUAUAACAUUCCAUUAAGAAUUCCUUUAAACAAUUCUUUAAAAAACUGCAUUCAAAAUAGAACAACAGAUUCUAAGAUUAGAAUGGAAUGAUGUACAAUAAAUUAAAGACCCUCUGCUUUAAAAAGAAAACCUUCACUCGUCCCUGUUUUUUUUUUUUUGUUCUUUCUGUAACAUGUGUUUUUAAUGUGAUGUAAAUUGUUUUUGUAACUUUUCCAGUGAAUACAGCUGCAUGAUAGUUUGUGUGAAUAUAUAAAGGGGAUGGUAAUUCUUUGUUCUGGGUAUUUUAUUGUGGAUCUGAUUUUUGUAGUCCUAAGGAUUUCACUCUGCUUAUUUCACUCUAUAUAUAUAUAUAUAUAUAUAUACAUAUAUAUAUAUAUAUAUAUAUAUAUAUAUAUAUAUAUAUAUAUAUAUAUAUAUAUAUAUAUAUAUAUAUAUAUAUAUAUAUAUAUAUAUUACUGUAAAAAUGUAUGGGGUAAAAGUGCUUGCCUGAUUUACACAUGUGUUGUAUUACACCUGGUAUUUUGCAAUGACUAACUCGUAAAGCAUUACAUUAAAAGAAGUGUUUUGCACUCUGCAGUAAAAUCUGCAAACGGUACCUUGAUUAUUGCUGGAUCCCAAAAUUGCAAUGCUUCAUGAGCUUUUCUUCUUACAAGGCUUUCACAUAGAGAUAGCAAGCAAAUCGGUUGAAUCAGAAUCAUUCUACUCUGGGUUGCUUUCAGGUGGCAACAAAACAGUAGGCAAGGGCAUCGUUGUAGCCAAAUUCACUGUUUGAAGAUUCAGUGAGUCGAGCAGUUUUCAAAAUAGCAUCUGCAUUUAUAUAAAUAUAUCGAAAUAUGUAUGUUUUAAAAGGUAGUGCAAUGGUAGCUAUGUUUUUCAUUUUGUUGUCAUUCCAGUUAAAGUUUGAAUAUCAAUCCUUAUAAUGUGCUGCUGCAUCAAUUAAAGAUGAUCGGGCUAUAAAAAUUAGAAAAUGAAUAUGUUUCUCUUUAGUUUUGAUUAUUGGGACACUAAAGAUUAACGGAACAGGAAAAAAAGACUAAUGAUUCAUUUUAUGCUAUAGAUAUGAUGCCAGAAUGGAUUUAAGAAAUUGUGUGACUUUUGGACAGAAACUGUUUUAUGUACAUUGUAAAAGAAAUGUGCUGUGUCUUGUGUAAAAAAUAAAAAGAUUUAAAAUAUAUGAAA